CGCAGUAGCCAGCAGCAGCCGGAGGCGGCAGAAAGCGAAAGGAAGAGUUGAGUGGGAGUAAUGUGGACGGUGUGGUUAGUGUGUGGUGCUGUGCUGUUCCCAGGACUUUUCUACACUUUCAGGAAACUACUGAAAUCACGUGUGACGCACUGGAGCGAUGGCGACGUGGUUUCUGUCAGCGAGAGGCUGGUUUCUGCCUGUCACGCUUCUUUGGCUACAGCUGCAGGAGUUACAGUGGUGACGUCAUGUAGUGACGUCAUGACGGACAGUCACUGGCUGGUCAAUGGCUUUGUUGUGUUUGGAGCUCCAUACAUGGCCUAUGACAUCUAUGCCAUGUAUCUGACCCACUUCUAUACCCAGAGGCUCAGACAUGAUGACGGUGCACACAGAAGUCACUCUCUGCAGACAGUCAGAAGUUUCCUGCUCAAAGACUGGAUGCUGGUCCUGCACCACCUGACUCUGCUCACUGUGUUCCUGCCCAUCGUUCUGUUCUUCAGAAGAGGGCUGGGCGACUUCUUCAUCGGCUGCUUGUUGACCACAGAGUUCAGCACUCCUUUCAUCUCUUUAGGAAGAAUCCUUAUCCAGCUGGACCUGGACAACUCCUUGCUGCACAGAAUCAAUGGCGUCAUCGUCCUUCUGAGCUUCUUCACAUGUCGGAUCUUGGUUUUUCCCUUCAUGUACUGGAUGUACGCUCGACAGUUUGGGAUUCCUCUGCACAGAGUGGCCUUCACUUUGCCACUGCACUGCAACGUGGGUAAUCUGGUGAUCCUGGCUCCACAGGUUUACUGGUUCAUUCUGCUGCUAAAGAAAGCCAAGAGGCUCUACCAGAGACAGAAGAGGGGGACAAGAGACGGAGACAGAGAUGGGAAGAAGACAACCUGAAGGGUUCACCUGGUUCCAAGCAUAACCAAGUGGGACAUUUUGAGAAUUAAGUCAUAAAUCAAGAGGAAAUGAUCAAAUACUUGUGGAUGGUUCUGUGUGGUGUUUAAUCUGUGUCCUGUCAACUGCAAAUACACAUUUCCACUUGAGAGACAAUGAAGAUCUGAAGUGGGACAUUUAAGAAUAUUAAAGGUCAUAUUUUAGAGGAAAAAAAAUCAUUUUGAUUUGUUAUAUACUUGAAAUAUUUAUAUAGUCAACUGUGGUUGUAACAUUACUUGUUUCAUAAUCAUCAUGUUGCAGUGGCUUUUUUCCCCCUUCAAAAUCUUACCUUUUAAAAGAAUAUUAUAGCUUUUUAAAAUUAAUUUUUUGACUUUUUUCUCUCAUAAUGUCCUUUUUCCCCCAUACAGGGAAGUCUCUGCAGUUGCACUACACCCUGAAUGUGAAUUUCUGGCAUUAAUGUUUUAGCCUUUAUUUCCUCUGAAGUGUCAGUAGUUACUAUGUAAUAAGCUCUGAUGCAGUAAAAUACACUUAAUGCUUCACUGUAUUUCAGAUAUAAUGCACUAACUCAUAUUUCAUUAAUAAAGCCAUUAGCCAUGUUAUUUGCCUUUAAACAGUUAGACUGUUACAAAGCAGAAUAGUCAUUUUCAGAUUUUGUUUGAUCUGAAAUGUUACAUUAAUUUAGAGAUUGUGUCAAUUUGAAGAGAUUAGAGAUUAAACGCUUAAAAAGAA